UUUUGCACAUGUGUGGAAGCGGCUGUCAACUGAUACAUAAAUUGUCAAGCUGCUUAAAGAGCUUGUAAACAAUGAGUCUGUGUGCAAGAAAAACUGCUCGGUUUCUCGGUACAUUCGUUAGACUCUCAACAACGGCAGUAUUUCCGAAAACCAACAAUAAACCCGUGUUAAAAUCAGAAGUUUUCAACAAGCGUGUCCAUACCAUUGGAAAUGGGGAGACUGAAGUUGAUAUGUCAAAUAGAUUACUGGAGCAGUGGAGCUGUGGAGUGGAACACUUUGGAAAACUGAAAAUGAAUCUCCCGUUUGAUACCCACGUAUCUAGUCUAAAUCCCCAGCUGUAUCCUGACAUGAACACUGUGAUUAUAAGGUUGUUUUAUACUGCCCCUGAAAUUCCAUCAGGUGACGAUUUACACGAAUUUUUAUCUGGUUUAGUUAAAAUGUACGAAAUAAAAUUUGACACUCACAACAGUAUGCGUCCAGAAGAAAUCAUUGUAGAUGGAAGAUUCAAGGCAGCGAGGCUCCCAAUUGAGUGUCGUUGUGAAAUACCACUUAAAUUUGAUUUGGAUGUGACAUGCAGUGAGGGUACUACUGUUAUACAAGGAAUGGAGAGUGACAGUAUUAGUGUGAAGGCUAAGUCGUGUACCUUUAUUAGUACCAAGAGUGGUUCUGUUUCUGCUGAAAGUAACGGAGGUGACCUUGUCUGUCAGAAUCUUCUCCAAGGCAACCUCAACCUUCAGGCUAAAGGCAAUUCAAACAUUAUCACAGAUAGACUUCAGGGGACUGAAAUCACAUGCAGCACAGAGAAUGGCAACAUCACCUGCUCAUCUGUGUACAGUAGUACGGCAUCAUUCACCAGUCGCCAUGGAAACAUUAAACUGUCGAACUGUCAUGCUGAUUCUCAUGUCAUAGUUCCUGAAGGAAAUUUGACAAUAGAUUCUUUUGAGGGAAAUUUGAAUGCUGAGGUACAGAAAGGAUCAUCUGAUAUAUUUAUAACCAGACCUGAGAAAGUAAAAGUAAAAUCUGAAACAGGUGAUAUUAGUAUACGAGUAGACAAGACAAUUAAUUCUGAAUUCGAGCUACAAGGUAGAACAGUAACUGUUGAUGACACAUUGGGAUUCCAAGAGGAGAGCUCUAAAGGAAGCAAUCAGCAGAAUGUAGUGAAAGGCAGUAUGAAUGGAAGCCAGGCCAUGAUUUCAGCAGAAACCUCAGAAGGAUGUGUAAACGUUAAACAACAGGACUGGUUCCAGUCUCUCAAUCUCAAGUUUCAAUCUGGAUAGUGUAUCAGAGAAUCAAAAACCACCAACAAUAGCAAAUUAUCAUAAACCAGAAUAUGGUACUUCAUGCUAUGCCUUGGUGCUAGUACAUGUACAAUCUAUGUAUAUGUCUAUUUAUUUUCAAUUUCAGUUCAGCAUAUAUAUGGUACAAAGAAUUUGAAUAAAUAUGAGUUAUACAUUGAUGUAAGUGUUAGAUCAACAAUCUUAUUUAAGAUGAUCCUGUGAGAUGUGGAAAUGUACAAAUGUUUGUUUGUUUGAAAUAAAGUUUAGUUGAAAUCUG